CAAGUUCUCGAGAGUUUUCUUACUUUUCCUCUCAGAGCACGCUAGGGACCCUGAAGAUCGAACUCAGGAGGAAACAGGGCCCACCCAGACGUGACAUCAUGCGUGUCCACUGCCCCUGGCUCCUCCUGAUUCUAGGACACGUGGCUUCGUUCAACUCACCAACUCAAUGGACUGUUGACCGUCCCCAAACCCUCUUCGCCUGGGAGGGCGCCUGCAUCUGGAUUCCUUGCAAGUACAGAAUGCCAGAAUCCAGUAAAGGUUUGGACAACAUCCUCCUUUUUCAGAAAUAUGACUUUGACAAUGGCACCAGGGAUUUCAAAGGAACUAUUCUGUACAACAAGACAAAGACUGGGACGAACACAGAGUCUGUGCUCUUCCUUUCUCGGCAAGGGAGAGUGACAUUUCUAGGAAACAGAAGAGAUAACUGUACCCUGAAAAUCCACCCGAUAUAUGCCAGUGACAGUGGGAUGCUGGGGUUGAGGAUGACCUCAGGGACUGACAAAUGGAUGGAACACAUUCCCCUCAAAGUCUCCGAGAAACCCUUCCAACCUGAUAUCCUGCUGCCAUCAGAAAUCCGGGAAUUCCAAAGCGUCACUCUGACCUGUAGACUGAAUUUCACCUGCUUUGGAUAUGACAUCCACUUGCAAUGGUCCCUGAAUGAGACCGAGACUACCUCCAUCACCUCUUCUGUCACCUCCUCCGUUAACAAUGUCUAUACAGAGAGCAAGCUCACCUUCCAACCAAAGUGGACACACCACGGACAGAAUGUGACAUGUGAAGUCCAGCACUCCUCCAAACAGCUCUCUGUGUACACAGUGCGUCUGGAUGUUAAGUACACCCCGAAACUGAAGAUCCAGGUCAAUCCCACAGAGGUCGAGGUGGGCAACUCUGUGACCAUGACAUGCCAGGUUAUCAGCAGCAACCCGGAACUCAGGACAACUGCGGGGGCGGCGGUAUCCUGGUUCAAGGAUGGGCGCCCCCUGCAGGAACAGGAACACGAACAGGAACACGAACAGGAACAUGAACAGGAACAUGAACAGGAACAUGAACAGGAACACGAACAGGAACAGAAACAGAUGUCCAAGCUAACUCUGCGUUCAGUGACCAAGGACAUGAGAGGGAAAUACCAGUGCCAGGCUUCCAACGACAUAGGUGAAGGAAAGUCGGAAGAAGUGGUACUCAUGGUCCUCUAUGCUCCAGAACCGUCCAGGGUUGACAUCUCUCCCUCACCCGCUGAAGAGGGGCAGUCAGUCGAGCUGAUCUGUGAGUCAGUGGCCAGUCCGGAGGCAACAAACUACACCUGGUAUCACAACAGGAAAGAAAUACCCGGAGACACCCAAAAGAAGCUCCAGAUCGCUAGUGUCUCCCUGUGGCAUGCUGGGAAUUACUCUUGCUUGGCAGAGAACCGGCUGGGUCGUGGAAAAAUACAGCAGGAAGUGGAGCUGGAUGUCCAUUACCCUCCCAAGGCAGUAACCACGGUGAUUCAAAGCUUCACACCAAUCCGGGAAGGAGACAGUGUGACUCUGGUCUGUAGGUACAACUCCAGCAAACCAGAUGUCACCUACUACAAAUGGAGCCCUCAAGGUUCCGGGAGUGAGCUCACACCCGGAGUGCUGAAGAUUCAGAAAGUGACGUGGAAUUCCAUGCCCGUCAGCUGUGCCGCCUGUAACCCCAAGUGUUCGUGGGCCCCUCCUGUCAGCCUGAAUGUCCACUACGCCCCUAGAGCCGUGAAGGUACUGAAGAUGAGCCCCGCAUCAGAGAUCCGCGCUGGGCAGAGUGUCCUCCUCCGGUGCGGCUUCUCAGGGAGCAACCCUGAAGAGGUCCGCUUCUUCUGGAAGAAGAAUGGGAGUCUUGUGCAGGAAGGGAGAGACCUGAGCUUCAGCUCCAUCUCUCCAGAAGAUUCUGGAGACUAUAACUGCACGGUCAGCAACUCCGUCGGAGAGACCGCGUCACCGGCCUGGAGCCUCCGAGUGCUGUAUGCUCCUCGGAGGCUGCGUGUGUCCAUCAGCCCCGGGGACAGAGUGAUGGAGGGGAAAAAGGUCACCUUGUCCUGUGAGAGUGAUGCUGAUCCGCCCAUCUUUAAAUACAUCUGGUUUGAUGCCAGUGGCCAAGACCUCCACUUUUCGGGCCAGAAACUGAGACUGGAACCCCUGAGGGUCCAACACACGGGCUCCUACCGCUGCCAAGGGACCAACGAACUAGGCAUAGGAGAGUCACCACCCAGCACCCUCACUGUCUACUACAGUCCAGAGACCAUCGGCAAGCGGGUUGCCUUGGGACUAGGGUUCUGCCUGGCUAUCUGCAUCCUGGCCAUCUGGGGGAUGAAAUUCCAAAAAAAAUGGAAGCAUAGCCAGAGCCAGCAGGGGCUUCAGGAAAAUUCCAGUAGCCAGAGCUUUUUUGUGAGGAACAAAAAGACUAGAAGGACCCCUCUCUCAGAAGGCCCCCAACCCCAGGGAUGCUACAAUCCGGCCAUGGAUGACACCGUUAGUUACGCCAUCUUGCACUUUCCAGAGAGCGAAACGCACAGCGCUGGAUAUGGAGGAGGAGACGCAGGGACCGCAGCAACACAGGAUCCUCCUCCAAACAACGACACAGUCACUUACUCCGUGCUACAGAAGAAGCAUAUGGGUGAUUAUGAGAAUGUAAGUCCAAGCUGCCCCGAGGAUGACAGCAUCCAUUACUCGGAGCUGGUUCAGUUUGGGGCUGGUAAGCGGCCCCAGGCAAAGGAAGACGUAGAAUAUGUAACCCUCAAGCACUGAGGUGGGUAGUAGCUGCACUGGCAGGGUCUGGAGCCUAAAGAAGACUACAGCUUCUUCAGCUGCUGCGGCUCAGCUGCUAAGGUACAGGCAGCUCCCUGGACACACAUGCAGGCACGCAUGCCCGCAUGGUCAGCUAAAAACUUGUCUGGUCAGACCUAGCCGGCCUUCUCUGCACUGGUGGUCCUCCCCCGUCACUGUACAGUGUCUGCUUCUCCAGCCUCGGGCACCUGCCACCAUCCUCGCCACUCGGAGCCUCACUUCAUCUGAAUGUGUUCCUGCUGUGAUCCCCUGGGACCAUCACUAACGUCUCUUCUUCUCUGACCCCUUGAUACUCUACCCCACUCACUAAUCUUACCACCCACUUUCUGGCCCUGGAGAGAAAUCUCCAGGCAGGGCAGAAAUAAAGAAGCAAGAGGCACCGUCCCCAGCUGGCUUUUCUCCUACAAAGAUGUCUAUGAGUGAGUCUGACCUUAAGUGGAGGUGGUGCCUUCCCUCAGGGGUCCUGGAUGCUGAGCAGAUAGAACGGCAUGGAGAUAUAUAUAUAUAUUUCAAUAAAUGCUUCAUAUUAAAAAUGGCA